CUCGUUUUGUCAAAAAUGCAAACAACAAGAAACUUCAAUCCAAUGCAGCGGGCAUUAGCAGUUCACCCUUUUCAAUGCUUCUACACACCCCGUUUCGAUCCAAAACCUUACUUUUACAACUCUCCUAAAAUUAAUACACAGUAUCCUUGUCCCCAUUCUACUUCUUUUUCAUUUUCCAGAGAGCUAAAAAUCACUGCUGCUAACAAACAGCAACCCCCAGAUAUAAUAAAUUCUGAAAAUAGAGAUGAUGAAAAUGAGUUGUUACAAGAAAAGGUUAUUUCUGCUGCUGCUAAUGAUGAAAUGGAUUUGGGAUGGUUACCUGCCUUUCCACAUGUUUUGACUGCUUCUAUGUCCAAUUUCCUAUUUGGUUAUCACAUUGGAGUAAUGAAUGGUCCUAUUUUGUCGAUUGCAAAAGAGCUUGGGUUUGAGGGGAAUUCAUUUCUUGAAGGACUUGUGGUGAGCAUAUUUAUUGGUGGGGCAUUCAUAGGAAGCAUAGCCUCUGGUUCCCUUGUUGAUAAACUUGGUUAUCGACGCACAUUUCAAAUUGACACAGUACCUCUUAUUCUUGGGGCAAUUGUAAGUGCACAAGCUCAUUCCAUUGAAGAAAUGCUCUUGGGAAGAUUCCUUGUUGGCCUUGGUAUUGGUGUUAAUACAGUAUUAGUUCCAAUUUAUAUUUCUGAGGUCGCUCCAACGAAAUAUAGGGGCUCCCUGGGGUCAUUAUGUCAAAUUGGUACAUGUGUUGGUAUCAUUGCAUCACUUUGUCAGGCAAUUCCCUCAGAAAAUGAUCCGCACUGGUGGAGGACAAUGCUCUAUAUUGCAAGUGUUCCAGGAUUUAUUCUUGCUCUUGGUAUGCAAUUUUCUGUUGAGAGCCCCCGCUGGCUAUGUAAGGCUGGGAGACUCGAUGAGGCAAAAGAAGUCAUCAGAAACAUAUGGGGUUCAUCAGAAGUAGAUAAAGCUAUCGAAGAGUUUGGAUCCGUCAUAAAAAAUGAUGGCAGUGACUUGGACAGCAGUUGGCUGGAACUCCUAGAGGAACCACACUCUAGAGUUGCUACCAUUGGAGGUGCCUUGUUUGUACUUCAACAGUUCGCUGGUAUAAAUGGAGUUCUCUACUUCUCAUCCUUGACUUUCAAAGAUGUUGGAAUCUCAAGCAAUGCUUUAGCAAGCUUAUAUGUAGGACUAACCAACUUUGCAGGUGCACUAUGUGCUUUAUACUUGAUGGAUAAGCAGGGGAGGCAGAGGCUUCUAGUAGGAAGCUACGCUGGAAUGGCUUUAUCAAUGUUUCUUAUUGUCUGUGCUAUCAGCUUUCCAUUGGAAGGUGAAAUAAGCAACAACUUAUCAAUACUCGGAACAAUCUUGUAUAUAUUCACCUUUGCUGUUGGAGCUGGGCCAGUAACUGGUCUUAUAAUACCAGAGCUUAGCAGCAGCAGGAUGCGAGGGAAGAUAAUGGGCUUUAGUUUCUCCGUUCAUUGGGUCUGCAACUUCUUGGUAGGUUUGUUUUUUCUGGAACUCGUUGAGAAAUUUGGUGUUGCUCCAGUUUAUGGAAGCUUCGGUGCUUUUUCUUUGAUGGCAGCAGCAUUUGCUUACUAUUUUAUAGUUGAGACUAAAGGCCGAUCUCUUGAAGAGAUUGAGAUGUCACUAAAUCCCAAUUUUCAGGGCAAACGUAAUUCGGAAUAAUCUCAUCUCAUGCUGAAGAAAGAUUGGAGAUUGUGGACAAAUUGUAGGUGCCUGUAGUGAUCAUCAAGUCGCAAGAGAGUGCAUUUCCGGUCAUGAUAUUUUGACCAUCCUGACACUUUGAUUGGUCUCUGGAGCUCAAAUUCAAGCUACAUUAUUUCUAACACAAUUAUGUGCUCGAUUUUAUCUCAUAAACAACGUUGUAAAUGAUGUUGUUAUAUUAUUCUUUUGUUAGUUUCUUUUGCAAACUGAGAUUUUUCUUCGAAGGGUCUUUGUUGUUAUUGAACCUUGAUGUUAGGCCAAAAUGCUAUACUUUUAGCACAUUACUCGCCCUAUAUUUUGUUAGUUUAGUGAGUUAUUGUACGACAAUUGCGCUAAACUGUGUUGUUUUAUGUGUAGGAACAUCGGAAUGAAUCAUCAAAUGAAAGUUGCACAAAACGUGGACAAAAAACGCAAGAAAAGAGCCAAAAGCAUUAAGUAUCCAAACCGUGCCACAGACCAGGCUUUGCGAGGUCUAUAGCCAGGUUGAACGUGCCACAGACCAGGCUUCGCGAGGUCUAUAGCCCGGUCGAUCGCGCGUCUAUAGCUAGGUCAACUGUACUACAGACCAGGCUUUGCGAGGUCUAUAGCACGGUAAUUAAAAGUCGCGGGUUAAAAGACCCAAACCCGAAUUUGGACCGGGGGAUUGACGUAAAUACUCCCCAAACGAGUUAUUCUAGGGUUGGACAUGAUUUUGGAGAAGAAAAAGGCUGCCAAGCACUGUGGAGCAAGAAUCAAACGAGUUUUUCCUUCCUUUAUCUCUUUACUUUGUAGUUUCAUGUUUUUAAACAUUAUGUUGAUUGUUGUUGUAUUUAUGAGUAGCUAAACUCUUUAAUCUAA